CCUGCUGUUUAUUGGUAUUUAUCCAGAGGUUUUUCCUAUUGGUCUAAAAGGGGAAUCAAAGGUCCUAGACCAUUUCCAAUUUUUGGUAAUCUUUUGGACUUUUUCAUAAUACCUCAACCCUUGCAAGAACUCAAAUGGUUUAAAAAAUAUGGCAAAAUUUAUGGUCAUUACCUUGGUAAAACACCAAUUUUGAACAUAAGUGACCCCGAGUUGAUUAAACAAGUUCUGGUGAAGGACUUCCAUCUAUUCCCGGAUCGAUCCAGAUUCGCUCGAAGUACUGAUGAGAUUAUGAGUAGAAAUAUGGUUCAAUUGACUGGCGAUGACUGGAAGAGAGUCCGAUCCAUAGUUAGCCCGACAUUCACGUCCGGAAAGAUGAAGAAAAUGUAUCCAAGAAUUAAGGAGUGUUUGACAGACUUUAUGAACCAUUUGGAGGGCUUUGCCGCUAAGAAAGAAGAGGUGAACGGCUUUGCCGCUAAGAAAGAAGAGGUGAACGUAAAGGACUUGUACGGGAACUACACUAUGGAUGUGAUCGCCACGUGUGCCUUCGCCACCAAAACUGAUGUCCAUAAAGCACUCGAUAAUCCGUUUGUAGUGAACGCGAGAAUUACAUUCAACACAAGUCCUGUUAGAAGAAUAGCCCAAAUGAUGUUACCAGGGUUUGUGCAGAAACGGUUAGGACUGACCAACAGUUCCACUUCAGCGCGACACUUCUUCUUGGGAUCCAUUCGUCAGAUCCUUGAAAAUAGGCGUCAAAAUCAGAACAAGAAAUACAACGAUUUCCUUCAACUGCUGAUUGAUGUCGAGAAGGAGAAUGACAUCACAAGGGAUGAGAAUGAUGUCAAUGAAUCACAUCAUGUCAAUGAAGGUGAGGAAGAGUUGGCGGUCGAGAGGAAGGCCCUGAAUAUAAAUGUUGUGAAUAAGCACUUGACUGAGAAUGAGAUCCUCGCACAGGCUAUGGUUUUCCUAUUGGCCGGGUAUGAGACAACCGGGACUUUACUCUCAUUUUGUACGUAUGAAUUGGCACUCAAUCCUCACGUCCAGGAAAUACUACACAAAGAAGUAAACUCUGCCAUCGAUUCCAACGGAGAGAUUGAUUAUGACUUGUUGUCAAGACUUCCGUAUUUGGAUGCAGUCAUCUCAGAAACAUUAAGACUCCACUCCCCGGCUCAACGUUUGUCACGCCUUUCCACUACUGACUACAAAUUAGGCGACACUGGGAUCACAUUGCACCCAGGACAGCAAGUUGAUUUUCCCAUUUACGCCAUCCAUACAUCUGAAGAGAACUACCCUCAUCCAUUCCAGUUUAACCCUGAUAGGUUUAUGCCUGAGAAUAGACAUAACAUUACACCUUAUACUUACUUACCCUUCGGCGCCGGCCCUCGCAAUUGCAUUGGUAUGAGGUUUGCAUUACUCGAAGCCAAGUUAGGUUUGGCUAACAUUAUCAGGAGAUUUAAAUUUUUCCCGACGACUCGGACAGACAUUCCUCUGCGGUAUAAGAGAUCUUUCGGUUUAAUGGCCCCUCAAAGACUAAUUGUCGGAAUUGAGAAACGAGUUUAAAAUAAUGUGUAGCCGUGUAUAGUGUCUUGAGAUGAAUGUCUCGAUUGUGUUAAACGCUGUAAUUAGUUGUCUGUCGGUAUUGUUAUUUGAUAUAAAAUUUUUAAUUUUAGUGUGUGCUAUGUUUACAUAUCAUACUAAAUUUAGACCUA